AUGGCCGCGCUCCGCGCAGCGCUAGCGGCCUCUCUCGCGGUCGCCCCCGCCCGGCCGCCGCCCCUCGGCCGCCGCCCGCCGUCCGCCCGCUGCUCCGCGUUGGCCGGCGCCAUGGAGCCCGCGCCCCGCUGGCUGGCCGGGCUGCGCUUCGACAACCGCGCCCUGCGCGCGCUGCCGGUGGAGACGCCGCCGCCCGGCCCGGAGGGCGCCCCGUCCGCGCCGCGGCCAGUGCCCGGCGCCUGCUUCAGCCGCGCGCGGCCCGAGCCCCUGCGGCGGCCGCGCGUCGUGGCGCUGUCGGAGCCCGCGCUGGCGCUGCUGGGCCUGGACGCGCCGCCCGCCGCCGACGCCGCCGCCCGCGAGGCGCGCGAGGCCGAGGCUGCGCUCUUCUUCAGCGGCAACGCGCUGCUGCCGGGCGCCGAGCCCGCCGCGCACUGCUACUGCGGCCACCAGUUCGGCCAGUUCGCCGGGCAGCUGGGCGACGGCGCCGCCAUGUACCUGGGCGAGGUGUGCACCGAGGCCGGCGAGCGCUGGGAGCUGCAGCUCAAGGGCGCGGGGCCCACGCCCUUCUCCAGACAGGCGGAUGGCCGCAAGGUGCUGCGCUCCAGCAUCCGCGAGUUCCUGUGCAGCGAGGCCAUGUUCCACCUGGGCAUCCCCACCACGCGGGCCGGCUCCUGCGUCUCCUCCCAGUCCACCGUCGUGCGUGACGCCUUCUACGACGGGAACCCGCGGCCCGAGCCGUGCGCCGUGGUGCUGCGCCUGGCCCCCACGUUCCUCAGGUUCGGAUCCUUUGAGAUCUUCAAGCCCAGAGACGAGCACACGGGCCGGGCGGGCCCCAGCGUGGGGAGGGAUGACAUCCGCCUGCAGAUGCUCGACUACGUCAUCACCACCUUCUACCCCGAGAUCCAGGCCUCUCACCCCGGAGACCAUGUGCAGAGACACGCCGCCUUCUUCCGGGAGGUGACCCGGCGCACGGCCCGGCUGGUGGCUGAGUGGCAGUGUGUGGGCUUCUGCCACGGCGUGCUCAACACAGACAACAUGAGCAUCGUGGGGCUCACCAUCGACUACGGGCCCUUCGGCUUCCUGGACAGGUACGACCCUGGUCACGUGUGCAACGCCUCCGACGCCGCCGGGCGCUAUUCGUACAGCAAGCAGCCCGAGGUGUGCAAGUGGAACCUGCAGAAGCUGGCCGAGGCCCUGGACCCCGCGCUGCCCCUCGAGCUGGCUGAGGCCAUACUGGCGCAGGAGUUCGACGCCGAGUUCGGCCGGCACUACCUGCAGAAGAUGCGCCGGAAGCUGGGCCUCGUGCAGACGGAGCAGGAGGGGGAUGGCGCCCUGGUGGCCCAGCUCCUGGAGACCAUGCACCUGACCGGGGCUGACUUCACAAACUCCUUCUACCUGCUGAGAUCUUUCCCAGCUGCGCCGGAGUCCCCAGACCUGGAUGAGUUCCUGGCCGCGUUGACUGCACAGUGUGCCUCGCUGGAGGAGCUGAGGCUCGCCUUCCGACCCCAGAUGGAUCCCCGGCAGCUGGCCAUGAUGCUCAUGCUGGCGCAGUCAAACCCGCAGCUCCUGGCGCUCAUCGGCACGCGGGCGAGCCUGGCUCGGGAGCUGGAGCGCGUGGAGCAGCACUCGCGGCUAGAGCAGCUGAGCGAGGCCGAGCUGCACAGCAAGAACAGGAGCCGCUGGGCCGCGUGGCUCCACGACUACAGGGCCCGGCUGGAGAAGGACCGGGAGGCCAGCGGCGACGCGGCCACCUGGCAGGCCGAGCGCACACGUGUCAUGCGCGCCAACAACCCCAAGUACGUGCUGAGGAACUACAUUGCACAGGGCGCCAUUGAAGCUGCGGAGAGCGGUGACUUCGCGGAGGUGCGGCGGGUGCUGAAGCUGCUGGAGACCCCUUAUGGCGGGGAGGCAGAGGCUGCCGAGCCCGAGGCGGCCGCGGAGGCCAGCGAGGCGGCCGCGGAGACCGGCGGGGCGGCCGGCCGGCGGCGCUCCUACAGCAGCAAGCCCCCGCUCUGGGCGGCAGAGCUGUGCGUGACGUGAUCCUCGUAACCGCCCUGGGGACUCCGCGCAGGAGACCCCAGGGCCGAGCCCUUGAGUCCACGAGGCGGCCCCCGCUCCCGUCUCUCCGUGACGGCGGAGACGUCCAGUCAGGACCUGACCCGUCUCCGCCCGACGCCGACUCGCCACCCCUGCCCCAGGCUCUGCUCCCCAUGACAUGCCCCACGCCCGCACCGCGCGGCCCCCACCCACCUGGCGGGGGUGGGGGUGGGGCGCGGCCCCCCAAUAAACCGGCAGCCUCGUCAGUG